AUGCCAGGAGCCACAGUGGUUGAUGUCAUCCUUAGGUUGUGGCAUGAUAGCCCAAAAGGGGCUAUUGGGAAGUCCCCAUUCACUGUAAAGAAAUCCUUAGUUGCCAUUGUGUACAAGGAUGCAGACACCUGGACAGGGGAUGUUGAUUGGGAUUUUGAUUUCUGGGCACUCCAAGAUCCACCACUACUCCUUUGUGAGGAUCCAGAAGGGAACCUGAAAACAUGGCAAAGUCUGCAGUCAUUUGUAGCAGCACUUUGCAAGUGUGGCGCUCAGGAGUGCAAGAAGGGCAAGGCAGCUUGGGAAGAGCCAGCAACAUUGAUGGCCAUGAAAGCCUUUGCCAAUCAAAGGACAAAUGAUGGCUACUCCCAGGGUUGCAGCACUUUUUGCAGUCUCAUCCACAUCAAGUGGUACAGGGAGAAUGGGAUCCUGAAGCAACUCAUUGAUGAAACAAAGAUAGCCAAGUGCUAUCCUUUCACAGAAUUGAUGAGACCCAGCUCUUCUAAGCUUGGAUCUUUGACUAUUACCAUUGCUAGAGUCUGA